GAAUGCGCUUGAAUUCUGCCAAUAGAAUAACGCUCACUACGUAUUAUGGUGACUUUGUACCUUAUGUAAUAGUUGUAACCCCGUUGUUGUUUACCAUACAGUAAUAUUUAACGCCCUUACUUCAGUUUUAUCAUUUAUUUCACUGGAAUAUUUUUGAACAAUGUCAGGAAUUGUAAACUUUGUUGCAAGAACGUUUGUGGGAAGACAUGCUGUUAAACUGUCAGAAUCCAGUCUUUCAUGCAUCAGUCGAAGCAUUAGUUCUGGUGUUCAGUUGUGUUCCCCCCGAGUGCAACAACCGGCACCAGAUUUUCGUGGGAUGGCUGUAGUGAAUCAAGAAUUCAAAGAAAUCAGAUUAGCAGAUUAUAAAGGAAAAUAUCUUGUCCUCUUUUUCUACCCUCUUGAUUUCACAUUUGUAUGUCCAACAGAAAUAAUUGCAUUCAGUGAGAGGAUCCAAGAUUUCAAAGCAAUUAACACUGAAAUUGUUGGUGUUUCUACAGACUCGCAUUUCAGCCAUCUUGGUUGGAUUAACACACCUCGAAAAGCUGGUGGACUAGGUCCAAUAACCUAUCCCCUACUAUCAGACUUCAGCAAGAAAAUAGCUCGCGAUUAUGACAUCCUUGUCGAGGAAGAUGGAGUGGCUCUGCGAGGACUGUUCAUCAUCAAUCCCAAGGGAAUCCUCAUCCAGAUUACAGUGAAUGAUCUUCCAGUUGGACGCAGUGUGGAUGAAACAUUAAGGCUUGUUAAAGCUUUUCAGUUUGUGGAAAAACAUGGAGAGGUUUGUCCAGCGAACUGGAAACCAGAUUCUCCAACAAUCACACCUGAUCCUAAAGGCUCAAAGAAAUAUUUUGAGAGUGUAAACAAGUAAAAUGUUAUUGGAGGAUCAGUAAAUUGUACGGGUAAUUCCUGUUCAGCUUCUCUGGGUAACUGCAAGAAAUGUGACUGUGAUCAUAAUUACUACAUGUAUUUUUCUGUUUAAUGUAUACAUACUAUAUCUGCUAUGUUUUAAGUAGAAUGGGAGAACAUCAAUUGCAUUAAAAACUUUGUAACCAUA